AUGUCCACGUGGCCCAAAAAAAUUUGUAUUUACCCGGAACCCACCUUAUAUGUCCUAGAAGGUAGAGGUGUCAAUCGGGCCGGGCCUGCGCUUAUUUGAAAAAGCCCCAGGCCGGCCCGAUUCCCAUCUCUACUAGAAGAAAGAGUUAGCCUACGUGCGACGCUCAGGUUUUUUUUUCAAUUUUGCGCACACAUUAGGCAUAGGCUACAUAUCAAGUCAUGAAAGUUUUAGCUCGCGCCUUUCAAGUACGGCCGAGAUAUUCAACGAUCUUUGCAGCCGAGUAGGCAUGGCUCCGGGCCGGGCCUUGCAAAAUUUUCCGGCCCGGGCCGGCCCGGUUUUUUUGAAAUCUAAGUUUUGCUCGGAAAAAAGGAAAAAAUAAGCUUUUUCGAUAGAAUUUUUCAUUUUUUCGAACACACUGCUGAUAGCGAACGUACUAAGUAGUAAAGUAACCUUAUGUACCUAGGUUUUGCUAAAUUUUUUUUACAUUUUGCGAAAAUUUGUCAUAAUUUUCCUUUCAUUUCCCGCUUUCUUUCUUUCCAACCUAGUAUAAAAAUUUUCCGGGCCGAACCGGGCCGGGCUUUCCAAAUUUUCCAAGCCCGGGCCCGGGCCCGGGCUUGGAGAUUUAAGCCCGGGCCGGGCCGGGCUGGCCCGGUUUGCAGCCAUGCCUACAGCCGAGAGAGUACACGCAAUGCGGAGAGUGGUCACAGAGAAAAACACAAUCUGAGCUUUACCUUUUUUUGUGGAGAGGUUACACCCCACGGUAGGAACGAGCUUGAAACUUUUCAUGCGUCAAAAAAAGGCCACGUUUUUUCAACAUUUGACGUAAAAAUCUUGACCAAUCGCGUCGCUAAUUAGUUAAGGUCGUGCAGUACGAAAUGUCGGAUUUUUGUUGCUUUACUUUAAACGUUGUUUUUCUUGAAUAAAAGUUAAUAUGUAUCAAGUGUUAUAUAUCAUUCGAAAGCUUAGGUUUUGCUGAUUUCGAAUUAUCUGUUUAUAUGUUUUGAUAAUGUUUUUAUGACUUAGUUAUGUCAUAAAAUUCAUUUGUUUUUAGGAUAAAUAAUCGUGAUUUCAUGCAGUUUUAUUGUAUGAGUUCAAACUCGGGCAUAACGCAGCUGAAGCAACAAGAAAUAUCGUCACCGCUUUUGGAGACCUUUCACCUGAUCAACGCACCGCACAAAGAUGGUUUAAAAAAUUCCGCUCAGGCGAUCUGAACCUUGACGAUCAAGAGCGUGGUCGACCGAGUAACGUCAUUGAAGUAGAGGCAAAUCCGCGAAUAACUGUUCGACAGCUUGCAGAAGACUUUGGCGUAAGCAUUGGGACCAUUUCCAAUCACUUGAAGCAAAUUGGAAAGUCAAAAAAGCUCGACAAAUGGGUGCCGCACGAAUUGAACGAAAAUCAAAAAAAUCGUCGUUUUGACGUGUCUUCUACGCUGCUUCUCCGCAACAAAAACGACCCUUUUCUCGAUCGUAUUGUGACGUGCGAUGAGAAGUGGAUCCUCUACGACAAUCGGCGACGUUCGGCUCAAUGGUUGGACCGCGAUGAGGCUCCUCAACACUUCCCGAAGCCGAAACUCCACCAAAAGAUGACUGUUUGGUGGUCUGCAGCCGGUCUCAUCCAUCACAGCUUCCUGAAUCCGGGCAAAACGAUUACGGCGGAGAAGUACUGCCAGCAAAUCGACGAAAUGCACCAGAAGCUCCGACAUAUGUGCCCGAGAUUGGUCAAUAUGAAGGGGCCAAUUCUUCUCCACGACAACGCUCGGCCGCACGUUGCACGACCGACCCUGCAAAAGCUGAACAAAUUGGGCUAUGAAACUCUCACUCAUCCACCAUACUCGCCCGACCUCUCGCCCACCGACUACCACUUUUUCCAGCAUCUGGACAACUUCUUGCAGGAGAAAUGCUUCAAAAACCAAGACGACGCCAAAACCGCCUUCGCCGACUUUAUCGCCUCCAGAACUCGGGAUUUUUACGCUACCGGCAUAAAUAAACUUCUAUCUCGUUGGCAAAAGUGUGUUGAUUGUAAUGCAAGUGCUCGCUGUAAGCUACCGAAAAUCAUGCCGCUCUGUCACAAUUCCGUUUUAAGAAAAUGAAAGAUAAGUGCAGAAAGACCGGUGGAAUGUGCGCGGACACGGAUAUGCCACCAGAGCCCGAUGACGGAUGUUUCCCGGACGAUAGACCAGAUUUCAACUUUUUUGCUGCAAACAAUAAAGUUUGA